AUGUAUCAUAUUUUGAGAGUUAUAUUGUACAGACUGUGGGUUGUGUCUACCCUAACGCUGUUUACAAGUGUUGUGGUAUUUUGGUGGUAUGGAUUCUUUAUUGCUUUUACUGUUUUCACUCUUGGAAUCACCGGAAUACUUUAUGGUGCACAAGAUCUUUUGUUGUAUUACCCAAAUGACCCUCCAGACUCCAGGGUAUUUGUUCUUCAACCCAGUAACUAUAAAUUACCUUAUGAAAGCAUCAAAAUAAAAAAUAAGGAUGGUUUCAAAAUACAUAUGUUUCUUAUAAAACAAACAACAAAUAUCAAGCACAUCCCAACAAUGAUAUUUUUCCAUGGCAAUGCGGGCAAUAUGGGGCAACGGUUAUCAAAUGUAUCUGGAUUUUAUCACAAGUUAAAUAUCAAUAUUCUGAUGGUUGAAUAUAGAGGCUAUGGACUUUCUGAAGGAUCACCAUCAGAGCAUGGUCUCUACAAUGAUGCACAAACGGCUCUUGAUUAUAUUUUGCAAAGAUCAGAUAUUGACAGAAGUAAAAUUGUUAUAUUUGGUAGAUCUCUAGGUGGAGCUAUUGCUAUAGAUUUAGCAUCUAGACUGGAAAAUAGAAACAAAAUAUGGGCUGUUAUAGUAGAGAAUACCUUCACCAGCAUACCAGAUAUGGCACAGAUAAUCCUGAAGUGGAAAUGUUUGACAUGGUUACCACAAAUUUGUCAUAAAAAUAAGUACAUGUCGCUGAAAAAAAUAGGGCAAGUCCUUACGCCAACUCUGAUUAUCUGUGGCUCCGAAGAUAUGCUCGUUCCGCCGGGUAUGGCUAAAGAACUCUAUAUGAGGUGCGGAGCCAUUUAUAAGCAGAUUGCAGUCAUACCAGGCGGCGGCCACGACGACACCUGGACUUGCAGGGACUACUACUCGUCGAUACAACAAUUCCUGUUGAAUGUCCAGCCCUUGCCAGUCGAUUUAAAUCGAUUUUCUGAUACAACAAAUAAAACUCCCUCCAUUGGUCAUACUAUAGUGCUAACAGUAUAA